GUCGCGUGCACGGUGUGAACUUGUAUAGAAUGAUCUAGAAGGUCAUAGAACUAUACGAGAAAUUGGAUGGAUUCCAACAAGAUUAUGAUGCUGCAAAGCCUCGUAGCCCACUGGAUAACAUAAGCCUACUUUUUAAAAUUAUAAUGUACAUUUUGCUGAAUAAAAGAAUAGCAUUCUGAACUGCACAAUGCCAAAAUGUUUUCUAUUGAAGUUUAAUCAGCAUGUUAGGCUAGUGCCAGUGCUAUAAUAGUUCCAUUAGCAGCAAAUAGGCUAGACCUAAUAGGCUAUGAUAUUCUGUUCAUAAACUAAAAGUCGAUGGCACACUGUAAACACAACCGAUCUCCUCAUUAAGGUUGAUUGUUUAUUCUCACCUAUCGCUGGCGGUGUCUUUUUUCCUCAAAGAUAGAAGCAACUUGUUGCAACGUCAGAAUCGUAGCUCUCCUUUUUUUUUGAAGCCUGUCACAUCCUCUGUCCAUGUAUGGGCAUUAAGUUUGCACGCAGCGGGGAAUCCUCUCACUGGAGGUGAUGAAUGGGGAGGAGGGCCGAGCGAUCCACCCAAGUGUAUAUAAGGAAAGAGAAGGGAAGCCGCUGGUGUGAAAUCCACAGCAACAGAUAGCAGAGCUGCAACCCGAGACGCAAUUAUCUCGACAAAAAGGAAUCCCGAAUAACUACACUUUUGUUUUCAAACGACCGUCUUUCGCGGAUAAUUUACAAGACCGUUCAUCUAAGGGGGAAGGACAUUAUUUGCUUAGGUGAUUUUAUUUUAACCUUUCCAUUUUCUCGGAUUGACGGACAAUAAGCUCGCCAUCAUGCUAAACAACAUGGAUUUGAAUUCAAAAGAUUCUUUCUACCCUCAGUUUGAGAAUUGCAACAAUUCUUCUUUGGGGAUGGAAAAUAUCUCGCGGAAAGAUAAUCAGGAGAUGUUUGCAGACGCCGAGAGAGGAACACCUGCACAGUUUACCCAUGAGGGAGCGCCAGUAACCCUCAAGACAGAAGCCUCCAACUCCGAUUUUGCUUUCAACCAAUGCGAGGGCCCCAAAAGCACCUAUGCCCCCUCCACCCUCGCAUAUUCCGGCAGUUUCUAUGUUGAGGCAUCUCAAGGGGGCACCUGCAGUACGGAAACACUGCUCAACAUGAUCACAGAGAUAGUUGGUAUAUCUACGUUACCCAUUUCUCAGGUUCAGCAGAGCGGUAGGGCUGCAGCUUCAUAUGCAUCGCCUAUACCGAUGGACAACAGCCGCAGCAGCUUCGGCGACGCAGGGGUUCCAAAGCAAUCAUCUACCUGCUCGUUAGGUAGCGCCACCCCACCUCUGUACUCCCCUGAGCAAACGUGCCCCAGCUACCCCGACACUCAGGCAGCAGGGCAAAUUCCCGACUCGGCCUCCUCUCAUGUGAGCUUUGGCUCUCCCGCUCAGGUACCGAACCAUGAGAUCGUCGAGCCCCAGUCUGAAGCCGCGUCUUUCCCGGUGGUGGUCAAGAAUGAGUUUGAAAGCAGCUGCUACGAGUGGACCACGUUUAACAAGUCAGAAGCAUACAUGGAGACGGGCUUCCAGUCAGAAACUUUCCCCAUGUCCAGUGACUUCCCCCCAGAACAGCAAGUGGAUGUUAAGGAGCUCUUGGACUCGUUUUCACCUAUUUGCCCUAACCCAGAGAUGGAGUUCAAAGUCGAAGGGGGGAUUAAGCAGGAACAAUGUUUCUCUGACACCUGCUCCCAGAGUUACACUAGUCCACUCUACAGCAGCUACACAUGCUCGUCCAUGGACAUGUCUUCAACCAACCUUCUGAAGUCAGCCAUAUUCCCCAACAUUGAACUUCAGUCCUUAUCGAAUCAGAGCGACUCACCGUAUGCCUCAUCAGCUCUACCUAGCACCAUAGACUCUAUACUUUACUCGUCCUUGUUGCCAGACUCCUUUGCUCAAAGUUAUACCCGUGCGCAAAAGCCUCCCCGGGCCAGGAAAACCCCCGCCUCCUCUAACGGGCCAGCCAAAGAGAAACCGUUCACUUGCCCCAUGGAGAACUGCGACCGGCGCUUCUCCCGUUCGGAUGAGCUCAAUAGGCACAUCCGCAUACAUACGGGACACAAACCAUUUCAGUGCCGAAUCUGCCUGCGCAGUUUCAGCCGCAGCGACCACCUCACCACCCAUACCAGAACUCACACGGGCGAGAAACCGUUCUCGUGUGACGUGUGCGGCAAGCGCUUUGCCCGGAGCGAUGAGAGGAAAAGGCACGGGCGCGUGCAUUUGAAACAGAAGGAGAAGAUGGAGCUGAAGCCUCAAGUAAUCAGCGCAUGGCCAUUCGCUCUACCCGAGGGAAUUUGAAGCGACGCACACCAAAGUGCAUACACGACAGUCAAAUCUUUCCGUCUUGGAAGAUGAGAGCUUUGUGAACCAGUUACUGAAGUGAGGAUGAUGUCUCAACGUUUGAGGUGUGACAUAAAAGCUGUUGGUAAAGAGAAUUUGGUGUUACUGUCGAAGUUAAAGAGAGACUGGUUGGAACGUGGAAGCGCAAAACAUUAGGAAAAAGCUUGCGAUUUAAAAGGGGUUUGCUGUUUCGACCCUAGUUUACGUGCUACGGCUAUACUGACUUUCUAUGCAAGAAUGCAUAAAUUGAUUGUAAAACCAUAGCCAGUUGAUAGCUCAACAAAGACUUGCAUUGUAUUUUGCUGUCACAAUCAACAGAUUUGGAUACUUUGAAUCCAGAUCUUUAGAAGGCAGCAUCGUGUGACAGCUGUUCAGCACCGUCUCAGCCGAACAGCUCCAACCUCGUGGACCAGUGGCAUAACGAGCUGCGCUGUAUUGCACUUACCUACUUAAAGAUACCUUCUUUCCACUCGAGAGUCUUAUAUUUUAUGCUUUUGAGGCUUUUUAUAUUAUUACACUGCUACCAGUCAAAACAAUGGUUCUUAACAUGCAUGUUCGUGUAGUUUUACUAUAGGCCCCUAAACGUGUCAGACGAGCUACAUUUUUUUUAAUGAUUGUUUAACGCCUACUCUUGGCUUUGGCCUGUUCAUUUGUGCCAGGGUUCGGUUUGGUUUGGUUUAGUUUUGCUGUCAGUAUUAUAUUGAUUGGUCUCUGUGUUGUUUGAAAAUGGUAGAAUUAUAAAAUUUGUGAAAGCUUCUGUAUACCAUAUAUGGAAAAUAGAUAUAUUUGUAUGACUGUAACUACUUUGUAUUUUUAUAACUGUGUGUAUAUACUGCAUGUUCCACUAUUAACUUUAAAUUGUUAAAGUGGAAAUGCAUUUUUAAACUUAGUCAAAAUGUGUUUUUUUGUUUCAUUUUUUAAAGUAGAGGGCUGAUAUAGCGAGAGGCUAUUUUAGAGAUGAUCAUUUGAUAUCAAAUAGAUUUGUAAGACAAGUUUGAAUAAUCCAUCUAAUGGUAUGAUGGUAUCAUUUGAUUUCUACUUAAAUUAUGCUGACUGUAAUAUUACACUUGUUGUAGUAUGUCACUAUACAUGGCUUGUGUGUAUGAUGUGUGAUCAAGCUAGAAUCAACUAGCUCAACACAAAAAUGUUGUUGAAUCAGGUAGCACACAUUGCUGCGGGUUUUUGCCAUUUCUAUCUUGGGAGAUGAUCACAUUUCAGACUGGACAUUGCUGACAAAAUGAUUUCACUGCAAAAACAAGGGAUAGUAAGACAUUGUCAUCAAAAGUCAGUGUUUUGCAAAAAAAGAAGUGUUUUAACUCGCCUUAAGUUAUAUUAACUGCUUGGGUAUGAAUUUCCUAUAUACACACACACAAAGUUUAUACAAAAUACUUUCAAUGAAUAUUGAUGUUGUUAUUUUUAUGAAAAAUGUUUAUGAAUAAAAUGUUUGGAAUUCUGGA